AUGAAAAAAUACGAUCUCAUUAUCGGUUCACAUAUUCUUUCGAAUCCAAUAAAAUCGAGUGACUAUUGUCUCAAAAGUAUGCAAAGAGUAACCAAUUGUCUCAUCAAAUCAAACCUCAAAUUCAGCGGUGGUUUUGGUUUUGUCAUAAAUGGACGCAACGGGCGGUCAUUAUUGUCGGCCACCAGACGGAGAUUACCUGUGGGCAAAGCCCAUAAGUGCCGAGCCCGUCGUGUCCUUGGGAAGGAGUUGCCGAGGAGAAGAUAUAUACACCUUCUCUACAUUUGGGAUGCAUUCUUCAAGAGCGCAACGGCUGGAGUACAGCCCGGACUCGCUUACCAAAGCCCUCCGGGUCUGGCGUCGGGCACACAAACUCAACCAUCAGUUAAUAUGACAUCAAUGACAGCGCAAACACCAAAUGUGUCCGCUGUUGGGCUCCGGGAUAUUGAAGAUCACUUGGCUGUUCAGUAUAUCAUCAGAUCUUAUCAGGUUCGUGGUCAUUUAUCAGCCAAAUUGGACCCUUUAGGUAUUACAAUGGCAAACAUUCAUUCGCCCCUUCAUUUUGGCAAACAUAUCGACAGCUCUUGGCUUAAGAUUCAUAACUUUGGAGAGAAAGAUAUGGACCGUCCCUUUAAGCUCCCGUCGGCCACUUUUAUCGGUGGCGGAGAGUCUAUACUUCCGCUGAGAGAGAUAUUGAAACGCUUGGAAGACGUCUAUUGCCAACACAUUGGCGUCGAGUAUAUGUAUAUCCCGGACAUAGAGGAGUGUCAUUGGAUUCGUGAGAAGUUUGAAACCCCGAAAAUAACACAAUUAACAGUUGAGCAAAAGCGGACACUUUUAGCCCGAGUGACUCGUUCUCAUAAAUUCGAGGAAUUUUUGGCCAAAAAGUGGUCGUCAGAGAAGCGCUUUGGUCUCGAAGGCUGCGAAGUAUUGAUUCCAGCGAUGAAAGCCAUUAUUGACUGCUCGAGUGAAUUGGGUGUCGAGAGUUUUGUAAUGGGAAUGCCUCACAGGGGAAGGCUUAACGUAUUGGCCAAUGUCUGUCGUAAACCACUCGAACAUAUCUUCUCCCGAUUCAGUAGUUUAGAGCCGGCGGAUGAGGGUUCAGGAGAUGUGAAGUAUCACUUAGGGAUGUCUCACGAGAGACACAAUCGCGUUAGUAAUAAGAAAAUA